AUGGAUUCUUCGAUUUUCUUAUGUACCACCAGCGUGCUUGUUACUGCUCUAGUUCUUCAUUUCUGGCGAUAUCUGCAACAACGCCAUACCCGCCUGAUAGUGCCGGAACAUAUAACCUUUGACCUGCCUGAUGGAUGGUGGUCAGAUCCUGUUCGAUUCCAGCUUGAGCGACGGGCAAUCUUCAGCCAGACAUGGAUAUGUAUAAGCCACCGCCGACGCUUUCGCUCCCCCGGCGACUAUGUGGUCUAUGAUGUUGCUGGCUUUCGCAUUCUCAUGAUCUUGGGUAAAGAUCAGCUCGUGCGGUCCUUUCACAAUGUCUGUAGACACAGGGCCUUCCCGGUCGCCCGGAAGCAGUUUGGCAGCGCUACCGUUCUCGGCUGCCGAUAUCAUGGAUGGAGCUAUAACACGGAGGGCAAGCUCAUAAAAGCUCCCUAUUUCGACAACCUACCCGGUUUUGAUAAGACUUUAAAUAGUCUCUUCCCAAUCCACACGAAGCAGGACAGCAAAGGCUUUCUUCAUAUCAACGUGAGCUGUCACGAAGACGUGUCCGCUACUGCUACUUUAAUGGGCGCAGAACUGAGAUUGCCUGGGGAUAUAGGACCAGAUACAGAGCUGCUAGACAGUAUUGAGCUCAGUGGAAAGUUCAAUUGGAAGCUUAUCCUUAACCAGCCAUACGAUACAUCAAAUCCAACGAAGUACUCGAUCUCAGAUUAUGACCGCUCGUUGCGACCAGUAAGACACAGUUCGAUUGAAAACCAAAUAUUCUUCCCUUUGACUACAAUACACGCAAUAUCUGGUAAACCCUUCUGGUAUCAACUAACCUACUCUCCCGUUGCCGUUGACCAUACCAAUUUACGCUGCGAUAUUUACAUCAACAGUCCCAAGGGCUCUUUCCAACUCGAGGAGACUACCAAGGAUUCACUUCAAAAGGAGAUACAGCAAAAGCUACUAGCCUUUGAGAAUCAGUACAAGCAGCUAACCACUCAAGGAGAAAAAGGUUUUGCUGAUGCGGCUGAAAUGCAUCGGCGACGGGAAGCAGUCCGAGGCUUUGAAAUCAAGCCCGCGGCGCUAAAGCAGCAAAAUGGCAACGCCACCCUCUCAAAAGCUGAAAGAAUCUGCCAAGCCGUGGACUGCGGCAACUCCGGAAUGCUAGAUUGGUAA